AUGAACCGAUGGUCCAGUUACCUGUUGGGGUGGACAAUCUUGCUCCUCUAUUUCUACGAGAUAAGUGGAAAUACGAAAGAGGCAUGCGUCUUUCCCUUUAUCUACAAGGGGUCUGUUUACUUCUCUUGCACCAGAACCAACAGCUUCUCCCCUUGGUGUGCAACCAGAGCCGUGUACAAUGGCAGAUGGAAACACUGCACGACUGAAGAUUACCCACGAUGUGUCUUCCCCUUCGUCUAUCGAGGAGAGUCCUACGACAGCUGCAUUACGGAGGGCAGCCUCUUUGGGAGGCUGUGGUGCUCGGUCACCUCCAGCUUUGAUGAGAUACAUCAGUGGAAAUUCUGCGAAACCAAUGAGUAUGGGGGAAAUUCUUUCAGCAAGCCCUGCAUCUUCCCCUCCAUCCACAGGGAUAGCAUGGUCUUUGAAUGCCUUGAAGAUGAAAGCAACAAGCUCUGGUGCCCGACCACAGAGAACAUGGACAAGGAUGGAAAGUGGAGUCUCUGUGCGGACACCAGAAUUUCCUCCUUGUCUCCUGGCUUCCCCUGCCGCUUCCCAUUCAACUAUAAAAACAAGAAUUAUUUCAACUGCAUCAGAACAGGAUCAGAGGGGAAUUUUCCAUGGUGUGCAACGUCCUACAACUAUGACAAAGAUCACACCUGGGUGUACUGUUGA